GAAAAAGAUAUUGGAUAUUGGAAUGCCGGAGGUCGUCAUGGGAAACUGGUCUUGGCACAAUUCUGAAACAUUUAUAAUAUGGUAGACUGUGCAGAUACAUUCAGUACUACAAGAAAUGACGACAAGGAGACAAUAGUUAAAUCUGAAGUUAAUGAUACAAACCUCAAUACAAAGACUUCGCUUUUUCACGGAGCUGCUUGGUACGUACCGUCUGAACGACGCUGGGUGAAUUACGAUGACUAUCGCGCACUCCCAAGAGUAACGAACAGAGAUGCUAUCGAUUUUCAGUCCGAAGAAGAUUUCAUGGGCUUUUUAAAAAAACGUGAUGUACCAAACUAUAAGAAGAUCACAGCUUAUUACCCUUCUCAUCCGCCUUCUAUCAAGUUUGGAACUUGUUAUCAGGUUCCUUCGGCCCAAGUAGGAAGCGAAAGUCAUCACAGAACCAAACCAAACAGUAUUUGUGGAUAUGAAUAUUAUGAAUACUAUCAUCAGAUACUUGAUGAAAUGAAGACAGGUGAUUAUAGAAAAUUAUCACCUCCUGAUGUGACUGUUUGCUCUAUUCCAAGCGUUACACAUAAUCAAAUAUGGUGAUCACUUAGAUUAUUUUGCUGAAAAGAAUUUUUUUUUUUCAGCUGUCAGUUGAAAAUAAUAUUCAAAAUCAGAAAACUUAUCUGAAUUUAUUUCUACUUAUUUGCUUGUUAAACUUAAAAAUUCAUGUAUGGUCUUAUCUAAUGCAGAAAACACAUUUUAAAGUUCUAAUCACUACCAUGUGUUUUCUUAAAAACUUCUAACAAAUAUGAAUUAAAAGCACUAAAUUUCUCUCAUAUUUGUUCAAGAUAAAUGAGUUUAUUCCUGAUUCAAAAGAUAAAACGUUCUCUUCUCGAUCAUAUACAUUGUUUCUAUAUGCUUAACCAAU